AUGAGGCUAAAACGGUUUGAUCCGUUUAGAUUCGGGCGAUUGAUGUACGAGCGCGAUGACACGACGAAUCCGCUUCGGAGCCCGACGCACAGGGGAAGCAUGGCACACGGGGGAAGCCAUCGCACGGUCAACGUGAACGACCCGCGGUCACACGCUCAUCAGCAGUACAAGAACAACGCCGUCUCAACCACCAAGUACUCGUUUUUGACUUUUCUCCCAAAAGGCCUCUUCGAACAGUUCCGGAGAGUCGCCAACCUGUACUUCCUUCUCAUCGCCAUUCUUUCCACAACGCCCGUCAGUCCGGUGAACCCCAUUACCAACGUGCUGCCGCUCGUGCUCGUGCUCAUGGUCUCGCUCAUCAAAGAAGCGUUUGAAGACAGGAAGCGGUACAACAGCGACAAGGUGAUCAACUCGAGCAUCACGGAGUGCUUGCGAGGCAACCAGUGGAUCCAAACGCCCUGGAGUGCUGUGCGCGUCGGCGACAUUCUACGGGUGAAGUCGGACCAGUACUUCCCCGCGGAUCUGCUGUGCCUCGCCACCACCAACGGAGACGGCAUCUGCUACAUUGAGACGUCGAACCUGGACGGAGAGACCAAUCUGAAGAUCCGCAAGGCGCUGGAGCGCACAUGGGAGUACAUCACUGCGGACGCUGCUGCUGACCUGCGAGCCAUGGUGGAGUGUGAGCAGCCCAACAACUCGCUCUACACGUUCACGGGCAACCUGGUCAUCGGCAAGCAGACCCUGCCCAUCUCGCCCAACCAGAUGCUGCUCCGAGGGUGCAGUCUGCGCAACACAGAGUGGAUCGUGGGCGCUGUCAUAUUCACAGGCCAUGAGACCAAGGUGAUGAUGAACGCCAUGGACGUGCCAUCGAAGCGCAGCACACUGGAGAGGCGCAUGGACCUGGUCAUCCUCAUCCUCUUCGCCAUCCUCUUCACCAUGUGCCUCAUCGGCGCCAUUGCCAGUGCCAUGUUCCUGGACUACAAUGAGUGGUACCUGCAGCUCACAGACAGCCAGCCGCAGUAUGACCCGAGUAACCCUUGGGCGGUGGGUUCGCUCACCUUCCUCACGCUCUUCAUCCUAUACGCCACCAUCAUCCCCAUCUCUCUCUACGUGUCCAUCGAGAUGAUAAAGUUUGUGCAGAGCACGCAGUUUAUCAACAAGGACCUGCACAUGUUCCACAGAGAGACACAGACGCCCGCCCUCGCCCGCACCUCCAACCUCAAUGAAGAGCUCGGGCAGGUGGAGUACAUCUUUUCGGACAAGACGGGCACGCUGACGCGCAACACCAUGGAGUUCUUCAAGUGCUCCAUCGGUGGCACGCUGUACGGCACGGGCGUCACGGAGAUCCAGCGCGCCAUGGCUCUGCGCAUGGGGCAGCCCAUCCAGGAGGACCCCGCAUCCAUGUACCAAGACCGCAAGGCGUCCCAGGCAGAGGUGUCUCCUCUGAAACCGACGGGAUCAGAUGAUCCGUUCAAGGACCGAGGGUUCAACUUUGACGACAAGCGCCUGCUGCGGGGUGCAUGGCGCAACGAACCUACCGCUGAGAUCUGCAAGGAGUUCUUCCGGCUGCUGGCCAUCUGUCACACGGUGCUGCCAGAGGGGGAGGAGUCCCCAGAGGAGAUCGAGUACCUCGCUGCCUCGCCCGACGAGGCUGCCAUGGUGGCUGCUGCUAAGAACUUUGGCUUCUUCUUCUACCGGCGCACGCCCACGACGAUCAAGGUGCGGGAGUCGCACGUGGAGCGGCUGGGGCGCGUGCAGGACUGCGAGUACGAGGUGCUGAACGUGCUCGAGUUCAACUCCAUGCGCAAGCGCCAGUCCGUCAUCUGCCGCUGCCCUGAUGGCCGCAUAGUGCUCUACUGCAAGGGCGCUGACGUGACGAUCUACGAGCGGCUCUCAGAGGACGCCAACCCGCACAAGGACAUGACGCGCGAGCACCUGGAGAAGUUUGGAGCGGACGGGCUGCGCACGCUGUGCCUGGCGUACCGGGAACUCCCCCCCGCGCUGUACGAGGAGUGGAACGAGCGCUUCAUCCAGGCCAAGUCGGCCCUCAGGGAGCGGGAGAAGCGGCUGGAUGAGGUUGCGGAGAUGAUUGAGAGGGAUUUGAUCCUGCUGGGGUGCACUGCGAUCGAGGAUAAGCUCCAGGAGGGCGUGCCGCAGUGCAUUGAGACGCUGCAGAAGGCCGGGAUCAAGAUCUGGAUUCUCACUGGGGAUAAGAUGGAAACUGCUAUCAACAUUGCGUAUGCGUGCAUGCUGCUCAAGAACCAGAUGAAGCAGUUCAUCAUCAGUAGUGAGACGGACAUCAUUCGAGAGGUUGAGGAACGGGGCGACCCAGUGGACACGGCGAGAGUCAUCAGAGAGUCGGUCUUCCAGCAGCUGAGGGACGCCAUUCGCCAGGCCGUGGUGAUCGAUCGUGAGGGGUACCCGUGUGCGCUGGUGAUCGACGGGCGGUGCCUCAUGUACGCCCUGGACCCGCUCAUGCGCGGCACGCUGCUGCAGCUGGGCAUCAUUUGCAAGGCCGUUGUGUGCUGCCGCGUGUCGCCCCUGCAGAAGGCACAGGUGACGGCGCUGAUGAGGGACGGAGCAGGCAAGGUGACGUUGAGCAUAGGCGACGGCGCCAACGACGUGAGCAUGAUCCAGGCGGCGCACGUGGGAGUGGGCAUCAGCGGGCAGGAGGGCAUUCAGGCCGUGCUCGCCUCUGACUUUGCCAUCGCGCAGUUCCGCUUCCUCACCGACCUACUGCUCGUGCACGGAAGGCUGUCGUACCUUCGCCUCUCCAAGGUGGUGGCGUAUUUCUUCUACAAGAACCUGGCGUUCACGCUCACGCUCUUCUGGUUCAACUGCUUUGCGGGCUUCUCAGGGCAGCGUCUGUACGACGACUGGUUCCAGUCCGCCUUCAACGUCCUCUUCACCGCGCUGCCCGUCAUCGUGCUCGGCCUGUUCGAGCAGGACGUGGAUCGCCGGCACUCGAAGCUGUACCCGCAGCUGUACCGGGACGGCAUAAAGAACCGCUUCUUCACGUGGGGCGUGCUGGGCAUCUGGCUCUUCUUCGCCGUCUACCAGUCGCUCAUCUUCUUCUUCUUCACUGCGGUGCCGGGCUCCAACUCGCAGGGCAGCAGCGGCCUCAUGUUCGGCCUCUGGGACAUCGGUACGAUGACAUAUGCAGCGCUGAUUGUAGCGAUCAACGUGCGGCUGCUGAUGGCGAGCGACUUCCUGACCAAGUGGCACUGGGUGAGCGUGGUGGUGUCCAUCGCGCUCUGGUUCGUGCUCAUCCUCAUCUACGACGCCAUCCCCUCCUCCACCACCUCCUCGUACUCCUCCCAGUCGAACCAGUACUGGGUGAUCUACACGGUGAUGGGAACAGCCUACUUCUGGCUCACGCUCCUCCUCGUGCCCAUCGCUGCGCUCCUCCCCGACUUCCUCUACAAUGGGCUGCAGCGGUGGUUCUCCCCGUAUGACUACCAGAUCGUGCAGGAGGACCUCAAGUUCCACUCCAAGACGGACGAGUUUGCCGAGAGGGACCGCCAGCUGGAGCUCGAAGCCAUGACCGUUGAGCCGCCCAAGAGGCUGGAGAGGGAGGAGAUUCGCAGCCAGGCCAUGGCGUCUCUGCCGCGCCUCACGUCCAAGAAGCACACCGGCUUUGCUUUUGACACGCCCGGCUUCGAGUCGUUCUUUGCCAAGCAGGAGGGAGUGGACAUCGUGGGGCGGGCGUGGGAUGUGGCAAGGAGGGCGAGUGCACAGCGCAGGCGCGCAGCAGAGCUCUCGGAACUCCCCACCAUGCAGCGGUUCCCUGCCGAAAUGCGCCGCCCAACUCGUGACGCUCAGCCCCCUGCUGCUGUCACCCUUGCUGCUGCUGCCAGUGCUGCUGGUGUCGGGUCAGCGUCGUCGUCUAGGAUGGGAGAGGGGAGUGGAGGAGGGGGUUCGGGGCAGUGGGGAGGGGCGUCGGUGGGAGGGAGUGUGGAGUGGCCCCCUGCGGCUCCGGCAGGGGCGAGCGGGAGUGGGGUGCAGAUGGGUUCGAUGGGUCGCCGGGGGAGGGACGAUGAUCAGGAUUUGUUCUUUUGA